AUGGAGGAAUCAACGUCACGGGCGUCGCUUGUGAACCUUGCGUCAUUUGAGCUGGGCCUGUCUCGGGAGGGCUCUGGAGCCAGCAGCGCCGCCGCAGAGGUGCUUGCGGCGCCCGAGCACGGCUUUGAUGUGCUGGUGCGCGUGAUCCAAUGCACCAACCUCCCUGGGCACGACUGGUGGAACGGGCGUUCCGACCCAUAUGUCAUCAUCCGCACCACGACGCCAGGGGAGGGGGGCGAGCUCCAAUACAAGACCCGCACCGUCUUCCGCGACCUCAAUCCACGGUAUGACGAGUUUUUUGAGAUGGGGAACGUGCCAGAGGCCAGCUGCCUGUCGGUUGAGGUGUGGGACAAAGACCUGCUGACUCAGGAUGAUGUGAUGGGGCGGGCGAGCUGGGUGUUUGUGCCGCAGCAGUGGGUGCAGCAGGGGCAGCAGAAGUCGCUGGCGGGCAAGGUGCCGCUGCAGCUGCAGCUGCACCACCCCAGGAAGCCGGGGAAGUUCAAGGGUCAGAUCCAGCUGGAGGUCCGAUACCGGCCCUCCAUGUUCCCGGGCACCCCGCGCCUGCUGGGGCCCGUGCGCUUCACGCAGUGCUUCUCUCCCAACGCCGGCUUCCUCAUGAUGCGCUGGAACGACGACCAGACCAUGGCCUUCUGCGUGUGGAAGCUGUUCCUGUGCCACAUCGAGGAGGUGUUUGAGGGUGUGAGCCACGAGUGGAACCGCAAGCACGACAAGGCCGCCCGCAUCUACAAGAACCCGGUGAUGCUGCAGGGGGUGCGCUCGCAGCACGCGGCGCUCUACUCCACGCACCUGGGGCGGGCGCGGUGCGGCGUGCUGUGCAGCGCUGUGGAGUUCUUUGCGGCCUUCAACUUUGGCAAGCGGGCGGGGCAGCGGCGCUACUACACCUACAGCCUCAUGCCCGACAGCCUGCGGUGCAGCGAGACGGGGGCCGGCUUCUUCGUCGACUUCUCCUCGAAGCACGCCAUGCACGCCAACGCGGCGGAGGAGGUGCUGUACGCGGGCGAGUUUUGCAUCGUGCCAGACGCGGCGGCGGAGGGCGGUCACCGCUUGGUGGUAGACAACAACUCGGGCACCUUUGCGCCCAAGGCGGAGCACCUGCCCCUGAUGCAGCACCUGUUUGAAGCCAACUUCCCCGGCAUGAGUGUGGAGACUGUUGCGGCGGGGGACCCUCGCCUGGAGGAGUACCACCGGCAGUGCCCCAGCCGCCUGUCACCAGCGGCAGCAGCGGCCGCAGCAGCCGCAGCAGCGACAGAAACAGGGGCAGCAGAGGGGACGGCAGAGGACUCGGUGGGAGCAGAAGCAGCCAAACUUGAGAAGCUGGCCUUGGAACAAAAUGGAGCCGACUCGGCGCCCUGA